UCCAAAGCCCACCAACCCAUCCAAACGCUCUCGACGAGCCGACGACUGCUCAAUCCACAUUCUCCGCUGAAGUUCUUGAGCAUCGAUCGCAUCCGCUUGACAGGUACAAUUCCGACCGACGACCAGCAGCCAUGGCUGCCCCCGUCCUCCCCCUGCAGCAGGUGAAGCUGCCGUCGCUACCUUCCACUCGCCUGACACCGGAGCAACAAUACUGGAAGACUUUCAAGAAUCCCCUGCUCAUCCCAUCACCAGCCAAUGGGCCCAUCAACCUCAUCACGCAGCCCUCCGCCCCUUCCUCCGCUUCCGCCUUCCCCUCCCUCACUCAGCCACCCGAUGUCUUCACCGUGACCACGGGCGCCCGCGUCCAGAUCUACUCCAUCCGCACCCGCAAACUCCUCCGCACAAUCACUCGCUUCGACGAUACGGCGCGUGGCACAGAUGUGCGUCCAGAUGGGCGCGUGGUCGCCGUGGGUGAUGAUUCCGGCACGGUGCAAGUCUUCGACGUGACGUCGCGGGCGAUUCUCAAGACGUGGAAGGAGCACAAGCAGCCGGUCUGGGUGACCAAGUUCUCGCCCAGCGACCCGACCGCACUGUUCACUGCCAGUGACGAUCGUACCGUGCGCAUGUGGGAUCUGCCCAGCCAAAACAGCACUCGCAGCUUCGUAGGCCACACGGAUUAUGUCCGCAGCGGCGCCUUCAUGCCCGGAUCGUUGGCCUCAUCGGGCCUGUUGGUGUCUGGUAGUUACGAUCGCACGGUGCGGCUGUGGGAUCCCCGCGUGGAGACCCGCGCCGCCAUGACGUUCAAGAUGGGUGCGCCGAUUGAGAGCGUGUUGCCCAUGCCCACGGGAACGACGGUGCUCGCUGCCGCGGACAACAAAAUCGCCGUGCUCGACAUCGUUGCCGGCAAACCCCUGCACAUGAUCCAGAGCCACCAGAAGACGGUCACAUCACUGGCGCUGGCCUCAAACGGGGAGCGGUUACUUUCCGGUGCGCUGGAUGGUCACAUGAAGGUCUUCGAGACAACGGGGUGGAAUGUCGUGUCCGGGUCCAAAUACCCGUCUCCGGUUCUGUCGUUGAGUGUCAUCAAAUCCGGCGUUGCCCAGGAAGAUAAGCACAUUGCCGUCGGUAUGGCGUCCGGUCUAUUGUCGAUAAAGACCCGGCUGUCAGGACAGCAAAAGAUCAAGGAGAAGGAGCGUCGCAAGGAGAUGCAGGCGUUGCUGGAGGGUAAGCUGGAGGAGCACGACCGGAAAGUGGCCAAGCAGAAGCGCGGCACCGGCUGGGAGAAGCGUCUCCGUGGUCGGGAUUUUGUUGGUGAGGGUGUGGACAUUGUGAUCGAGGGACGCGAUACCGGCAAGCGCAAGAGAGAGCAGACCUGGGAGCACGAUCUGCGCAAGGCCCGCUACUCGGCGGCUCUGGACCAUGUGCUCAGCUCCAGCGACAAGACGGCCCAGCUGACACUCUUAACGGCGCUGCGCCAUCGGUCCGCCCUGCGUGCCUCCCUGCAGAACCGCGACGAGGUGUCGCUGCAGCCGGUGCUUUCCUGGGUUCACAAGAAUCUCACCGAACCGCGCCUGGUGAAUCUCUGUGUCGAGGUGGCCAUGAACGUGCUGGACAUCUAUUCGGGCAACUUGGGCCAGUCUGCCCAGAUCGACAAGAUGGUGGAACGACUGCACCGGAAGGUGCGCGACGAGGUGGAAAUGGCGCACCAAGCUUGUCAGACCAAGGGCAUGUUGGAGAUGCUACGGGCGUGCUGAAUUGGGUGUCAGCACAGAAAAGCAAAACAUUGAAUAGAGCUUGUUUACCAUAUUGGAUACCUCGGAUGGAGUUUGGGGUUCUUUAGGCAUAUCACAUGCAGUGUAUAGCAGAUGAUCUACAUGUUCCUUCACCUCCAGCAUGUUCUCAGCUUUUUCUUAUCUUGUAUUCUCUUUGGUAGUCCAGUAUCAGUUGUAAUUAGGGAU